AAAACCAUUAAUAAAGGUACAAUAAUCUUUUCGCCACUUAGAGUAGCUACUUUUCAUUUUUUUCCCCACAAUUGCUAUAUAUUAUUUUUCCUUUCAAAGAAUGGCUAAAAAACCGGCCUCUGCUAUUAAUAACCUCAUAAUCAUUCCGGGUUCUCAAAUUAUUCAGGGCUGAGCAAAGAAAUUUGAGAUUUGGGCUGGGCUUGGCUGAGUUGCUGCCCCGUUAAGCAAACUGACAACUGACGUUUCGUUUCAAACACAUCUGAGCAAAUAAUCUCCGAACAUUCUUCAUUUUCAUCUCUUUCUUCCAUCAUUUCAUCUUUCCAUUCCUUCCUCCCAAUUCAAAAAAUAACAUCAAAAGUCGGAGGAGUUCAUUUUCUCCCGAUUUUAUCGUUUUCUAUCAAUAUUUUCCUCCUAAUUUUCGACCCAGUUGACUGAUCAAGUAAUCGCCGAUAAAUUUCACUGAUAAAAAUGGACAGCAGCUUGCCGGUGACGAUGACGGCGUCCUCGAAAUCCGAGCGGCGAUCGAAAUCCAAGACUUAUCAGAGCUCCUCCAAAUCCUCUCUUCUCAUGGGGUUUCUUUCUUGUCUUGCUUGGCUCUACGUUGCUGGCCGGUUGUGGCAAGAUGCGGAGAACAGAAUGUUGCUGGCGGGUUUGUUAAAGAAGAAUUAUGGUCAGCAACCUCGGGUGCUUACCGUGGAAGACAAACUAAUGGUCCUUGGAUGCAAGGAACUAGAGAGGAGGAUUGUUGAAGCUGAGAUGGAAUUGACAUUGGCCAAGAGCCAAGGUUAUCUAAAGAACCAAGUACAGCAAAGUGGUUCUUCUUCUGGUAAGAAGUUCCUUGCUGUUAUUGGAGUUUAUACUGGCUUUGGAGGUCGGUUAAGGCGCAAUGUUAUCAGGGGAACUUGGAUGUCAAAAGCUGAUGUGCUAUCAAAACUUGAAGAAAGAGGAAUUAUUGUUCGAUUUGUGAUUGGACGGAGUGCUAAUCGUGGUGACAGCUUGGACCGCAAUAUUGAUGAGGAAAAUCGCUCAACGAAUGACUUUCUGAUUCUCGAUCAUCAUGAGGAGGCUGAAGAGGAGUUGCCCAAAAAAGCAAAGUAUUUCUUUAGCACCGCAGUCCAGAUAUGGGAUGCAGACUUUUAUGUAAAAGUCGACGACAAUGUUGAUUUGAAUAUUGGUGGUCUGGUUGAACUUCUCCAAAGCCGUCAUGAUAAAGAUAAUGCUUACAUUGGUUGCAUGAAGUCCGGGGAAGUAGUUGUUGAAAAGGGAAAGCCAUGGUACGAACCCGAAUGGUGGAAAUUUGGUGAUCAGAAAUCGUACUUCCGCCAUGCAGCUGGUCCGAUCGUUAUACUCUCGAAAAAUUUGGCGCAAUAUAUAAAUAUUAACAGUGCAUCUCUAAAGACUUAUGCUCAUGAUGACACCUCUAUGGGUUCAUGGAUGAUGGGUGUUCAAGCAACCUAUAUCGACGACAGUAAUUUGUGCUGCAGUUACUCCCGGCAAGAAACCGACAGCAAACUGAAUGUGGAGUGUGACGAAAUUGGAGCAACUGUAGGAAAGGGGAUUUGUUCACGGGACGUGAUAUUAGUUAGAUCAUUCUUUAAGUUGCUGAGUUUGGCGGCAAUUAUUACGAAGCAAAUAUUAUCCAAGACCGACACUUUGAAGGAAAAAUGCAUGCUUUAUACAGAGGUUCCAGCUUUAGGGUGA